CUUCUUUUCCUCCUUUCCCCUCCUUGCCUCCAACGUUCUUCAUUUCGUCUGCGUGUCUUCAGGAAAAAUGGUACCAGAGAUACAGGACCAACACAACUCAGCACUACCGUACCCUGUGGAAGAAACGGACUAUCAGGACCAUCAUGCUGUCCUCUCUUCCAGGGCACCUUCUCAGACAGGGAGCAAGCCUUCCUCUUUCUACUCCUUCGUCUCUACAUCCUCUUCCACGAGAACAUCGCCGUCUAUCCGAUCAAAAAAAUCUUCGCAGAGCAGGGGAGGCACUAAAGAGAAGAUAUAUACAUCAACACCACAUUCCCUCAAUUGCGGCAAACAGCAUACUGUACUCCAAAAUUACAGUGGUAACAACGACGACGAUGGUGGCAUGAAAUCAUUCGUAGAAUACGAAAAUGAAGCCUCCAUCAAGCCUUACCAGAAGCCAUUCUACCGCCGACGCAGAUUUUGGUGGACCUGUACCAUCUCCACAGCUCUCUUUCUCGUCAUAAUCUUACCCCUGUUUCUCAUCGUCAUACUCCCAAAGAUUGCGCAGGCAAUGAUAAAUACGAGCACAAUGAAGAUCUCUCAGAUGAAUAUGACCGACCCGCAGGAGCGGUCUGUUCAAGUCUCCGUUGAAGCCGCGAUACUCGGCAUCCCCUCGAUGUUUGCAGCCAAAGUCGAAUUUCAGACCCCUGUGCAGGUGUAUUGGGUCAGAGAACAGGGAGAUCAAACUAAGGUCGGACAAAUGAACCUGGACACAAUUGAGAAGCGAGCUUUUUCAAAAGCACAAUUCACACAGGCGACUGUCUUUGAGAUUGUGGACUCACAUCUCUUUGGCGAAUUUGCCAAGGUCAUGAUGGCAUCGGACACAUUCCUGUGGAGGAUAACAGCACAGAUCGAUGUAUCGGUCAUCGGAAGGACUAUUAAGAAUCUCAGACUUAACAGUCCCUUAAUCUCUCUGAUUUUAUCGUUCGACAUUCCUUCGGACGCGCCGAACGGAGCAGGAGCCCUCGUCUCUAUCAAAGUCUCAAUCCCGAACCCUUCGCCCAUCGGCAUGUCCUUAGGGACACUAGUGAUCGACAUGAGCCUCAAAAGCACGUACCUCGGCAGGAUUACCGCCAGAAAUGUGACCCUAAUCGGCAACCAGCCCGCCACUCUGCAACUCGACGGCAUGAUCAACAAGCAGACAGAUCCGCUAGCACUUCAAGAGCUCUCCAGCAUGAUCUCCAAUUAUCUGGCCAAUACCCCGACUACAGCCUACGGUCAGGGCGUAUCUGUACUCCCUGACGGUGUACACAACAUUUCGUGGAUUACGGCCGCGAUUGUAGCGACAAGGAUGGCCAUUCCACUCUUGGCACCAACUCCAAUGAAUAUGAUCAAAGAGGUCAACAUCAAGGAUUUGAAUCUAAUCAUGAGCGCCCAACAACCUUGGGCCCCAACCGCUGCUUCAACAGGCAUCGCUGCUAUGUUUCAGUUGCCCUUCAACCUCUCCCUCAAUAUCACGGAUAUCUGGGACCCCAAGCUGACCCUUGGGUAUCAAAGCGUAUCCAUUGCGGAUAUCACGACCGCUGUCUGGAACAGAAACAACUCGGAUAUGAUCCACAACAAUAUCUCAUUCACCCUACCGCCUUCGCAAAUGCCAAUCCGGCCAGAUGCGCACGAUCAGUUUGGCAAAUUCUUGAUUGCAGUUACAAAUCAGGACACUGCUCUAUUCGAUAUUCUAGGCAGUGCACAGAGUGUCGCAUCGACAUCUUUGGGUCAGGUCAACAUUACGGUCCCGUUCAACACUAGCUUGACUUUGAAGGGCGUCAACUUUGGCGAGAUGACACCACAGCUCAAUGGAAUUGCGGUCGCGAGUGCAACAGUCGAUUAUGUGGUCCUCAACGCUACCGUUGUGAUCGACAAUCCCUCCAUCUUUACAGUCGAAGCAGGACCAGUAACCCUCCAAAUUAAUGCGACCGUCCACGGAAUGACUGACUAUGUGGGUGAAGUCAUGAUCACCAACUUAAAACUGAGUCCGGGACCCAACCCGCUGCAGGCAUUUGUGCAUUUUCAACCCACAAACACGACAUUUCGAAACGCCUUCUUUACAGAGUAUAUCGUCGGUACCAACUUUGAAGCCUCAAUUUACGGCAACACCAAAUCAAGCCCAAUUGUCUCCCUCGCACCCAUCAUGGAGAGCCUGAAAAUGUCGACGACGGUUCCUGGGAUGAAUCCUGCGCCAAAACUGAUUGUGGGCGGAAAUGGUAACACCACAGUUGGACAGUUCCUCAACAACCACAAGGUUAUGCUGCAGGUCCAGAUCCUGAAUCCACUGGCGACUACGCUCUGGAUCCAUAAUCUCACAGCAGACGUCUCCUGGAAGGGCUUUCCCUUUGGUGCGAUUCAGAUCGCACAAUCAUUUUCUAUCAAGCCCAGCGGUGUGGAUACCUCGCCACUCUUUGGUAUCCAGAUCCCUAGUUCGUAUAAUUUCUGGGUAUUUAUGGUCACGACAUUUCUCCCACAGAAUAUUGGUAUCCUUACCGGCGCAACUGUAGUGGUGGACCUGACCGCUGAUAUCAUGGCGACCGUGGACGGGACCAAGGGCGUCGGAUAUGAAGCUGAGAUCCGAUACUCACAGGACCAAGUCGGCGUGUUCUUGAAGAUCGAGUUCAGCCUCGCCGGUAUUGGGAUCGGCAGGAGGAGGAAGAAACGCGGCGUGAUGGAGGAGCUGGAUGGAGAUGGGGACUUUGAGGAGAGGUACGGUAUUACGGAUGAGCUGGGACCUGAGCCGGACAAGCAGAACACGGACGCAUACUUGGCAUGGCUCAAACGCGCUGUCCAGCUUUCGUUCCCGGAGGAAGCGGCUGCAGAUGGAUGGAUGUGAGCAUUCUUCUUUGUUUCGAUCUUCCCCUCUUCGAUGAUACGGCAUAUGUAUACAAGUCAUCGGAACUAAAGACACGUUCAUACAUUCAAACCCAUCACACAUAUUCAUCGGGAGUUGAACCGUUUGUGCUGCGCCCUGGCAACUUUAUCGGUCUCCAGAUUCUGC